AUGGCAGAGGUCUCCAGUGUCUGUCCUCAUGCAAGUUUCACCUUGGAUCAAUUACGAAAUCAGCUAGAACUAUGCCAGAAAGCGUUAUCUCGGCUCAGUGUUCAAGAGCAGAACCCGAACAGCGUGAUUAGCGAUGCUCUCAAGGCGGUCGAGACGGCAAUCGCGUUAUCUAAACAGUCUUUUGCGGAAAAUAAUCAGGUGAAACAGAAACUCGAAGCGUCCGAGGCACUCUUGGAUUCUGAGAUGAAGAAGAAUGCCAUACUGUUGGAAGAGCUGAGAAACUCCCACGAAUCUUUGACUUCAGUCGGGAGAUUGGUGGAUGUGCUUGAAGCUAGUCUCAAGAAGUCAGAGCGCCAAAUUGAGCAAUCAGUGGAAAAAAUGGAGCAUCUUUCAGGGGGUGGGCUUGGCGGCACAACGGCGGCCAGUUGA